AUGGAGAUUGUACCUCAGAGUACAGGUGGGCACACAACAGAAAUCCUGAGGUUACUCAGUUGUUUGUCAGAGUCAUACUCUCCUCGACAUUAUAUUCUUGCAGACUCAGAUAAGAUGAGUGAAGCUAAAAUACGUUCUUUUGAACAAAAAAGAGCUGAAACUUUCUCCAAUUCCCAGUUCACCCUUGAUCGCAUUCCCAGAAGCCGUGAGGUUAGACAGUCUUGGACCUCCUCCGUGGUAACAACCCUGUACUCCAUACUUUAUUCCCUUCCUUUGACCUACAAACUGAAACCAGAUUUGAUAUUGUGCAAUGGACCAGGAACAUGUGUUCCUGUCUGUAUAAGCGCUCUUCUUCUUGGGCUUCUAGGACUAAAGAGAGCAAUCAUUGUGUACGUAGAGAGCAUCUGCCGCGUGGAAACUUUGUCCCUCUCUGGAAAGAUUCUUUACUACUGUUCGGAUUACUUCAUUGUUCAAUGGCCUGCUCUAAAGGAAAAAUACCCCGGGUCGGUAUAUCUUGGUCGGAUAGUUUAAAAAUAGAAGACAGGCUUUACCUAAAAUAAACGCAGAAGGCUUCUCACUAAAGAAAUGUAUUAUUUUCAAAUAAUUUAUUUUCAAAGAUUCUUGUUAAGAAUUAGUCUGCUACUGGAAAAGCAGGCAAUAAUAAAUAUAUCUUUAUACUGAAGUACAUUUUCGUGUAGGUGCAUUUAUUGCCUUCAUAUAGUUCACCAGUAUCCCAUUACGGCUUGAAAUCUGUGCUGUCUCUAUUUGCAUCUAGUUUUCCUGCUAUGUGAAUAGGAAUUUUUGUCUACAAAUAAAUAUGGGAGUUUGAAUGAAUUGUAACAUUUCCUGUAAGGAAACUUUGUGUAGUUUUCUAAAUUGUAAGAAACAAAGUCUCGUUUUAACACAACAGACUUUAUUUCCUGUAUGCUAGCAGUGAAGUCCCU